UAAUGCAUUAACACUAGAUUAUCUUAAAAUCACUACAGUACUAACGCUAACAAAAUGUUUUGUUUGUUUAUUUGUUUUAUGUAUACACACAACGAAUGCGACAGACAUGCAUGGCUAGCUGAGCUAAUUAGCUUAGCUGGUUAAUGCAAACAAGCUGAAAAGAGAUGAACAUUAUGUACUCAUUAUACAGAAACGGGUGCAAAUUGCGUGAAUGAAACAUCUGGCCAGAUGUAUAUUGUACACUAGACCUGCGUCCUCUUCCCUGUUUCUUACAGCCAUCAGUGUGCAUUAUUUCCUAGAUCUGUCUUAGAGGAGAAGAAAAACUUAAAAAGGCGAAUGGAGCGUUUAGCAGGUGUGGGUGUGGGGCCGCUGGCCGUAGGUGCAGUUAGUCUGCUAUUGUUACUGCGGAUGAUCCACAGAGCGAGACGAAAGCAAGUUCUCCAAGAUAAAGUGGUGGUGAUCACUGGAGCCAGUUCAGGCCUGGGCAAAGAAUGUGCGCGGGUGUUUCAUGCUGCGGGAGCACAACUUAUCCUGUGUGGACGUGACCAGAAGAGACUACAGGAGGUCGUAGAUGAGUUAAGGGUUAAAACAAAUGGCAAAACAAAGACCUAUACACCUUGCACAGUGACCUUUGACCUCUCGGACAUGGAGACAGUCACCAAGGCAGCAGCGGACAUCCUGAAGUGCCAUGGUUACGUGGAUGUCCUCAUUAACAAUGCAGGCAUUAGCUUCCGCGGUUCCAUCCUGGACACGCACGUCUCUGUACAGAAAGUCAUCAUGGACACAAACUACUUUGGACCUGUUGCUCUAACCCAAGCAAUUCUUCCCUCCAUGGUGGAACGAAGUGCUGGACAUAUAGUCGUUAUCAGCAGUGUGCAGGGGAAGAUUGCAAUUCCCUACAGAUCUGCCUAUGCAGCCUCCAAGCACGCGACACAGGCGUACUUCGACUGCCUACGGGCCGAGGUGGACAGAUUCGGCCUGCACGUGUCAGUCAUCAGCCCUGGAUACAUCAGAACCAACCUGUCACUCAACGCUGUUACUGGAGAUGGAUCCAAAUAUGGCGUGAUGGAUAAAACCACAGCAGCAGGACGAGACCCAGUGGACGUGGCUCACGCUGUUCUCAAGGCCGUCACUUAUAGACAGAAAGAUGUUUUAUUAGUUGGACCGCUGCCCGCUCUCGCGGUCUAUCUCCGUACUCUGUGGCCCGCUGCCUUCUUCAGAGUCAUGGCCUCUCGAGCCGAGAAAGGAACGAAAGAACAAUGAGUAGCAGCCACAGUUCAUAGAGUAACACCACCUCUACAGAAAACUGUCUGUGUCUUGUGUUUGAGUGCAUUGGUAACGUUUGUGUAAUAAAGCAUGCAUAAUGAAACUUCAAACAUACCUUAAAUCCAGAUGGUCCAUGCAAUCUGGACCAUCCCUCCAUUUCAAGCUCCUCUUUGAUGACCGUUUCCUGGGAACAAUGACAUUGAGGCAGAAAUGCACAAUGGAUGGAACACCAGGCCAUCUCAGGAUACCAUUUACACACAUCAAACCUAAAGGAAAUUUAGAGCCAGUCCACUUACUGGUAUGUUUUUGGGAGGUGGAGAACCUGAUGGAAACCAGCAAGAACAUGUGGAGAACAUGCAGACAGUAACACGAGCUCAGGAAUGAACCGGGAACCCCGGAGCUGUGAGGCGGUAAAGCUACCUGCUGCAUUAUGUGUUUUUUUUUUAAUGAUAUAACAUUACCAUUUGAACAUUGAUCUUGAAUGAUGGUUGUUGUAAUGUAAUAAAGCUAAUAAACAGAAUAAAAGAUGA